AUGACACGGCCACGGCGAACGUCCGCCGCGUCCGAUAUCAGUUCUGUGCCAGAUCAGCAUCAGGAGCUAGGGAGUAUGUAUGACUACCUGGCCAAGAUUGUCCUCCUCGGUCCCUCGGGCGCAGGUAAAUCGUGUCUGCUACACCGGUUCGUCAAACAAGAAUGGCGCGUGCUCUCCUCGCAAACCAUCGGUGUCGAAUUUUCCUCCAAGAUUGUCAAAGUCGGUUCCGGAUCCAACCGGCGUCGUAUCAAAAUGCAAUUAUGGGAUACCGCGGGCACGGAGCGCUUUCGAUCUGUCAGUCGAUCAUACUACAGAGGCGCGGCGGGGGCGAUACUGGUGUACGAUGUAGCGAGUCUGACAAGUUUCAAUGCGUUGCCAACGUUUCUGAGCGAUGCAAGAGCCCUGGCUAGUCCCAACCUGACUGUGAUAUUGGCGGGGAACAAAUCUGAUCUGGCAGAGGGAAGACCGCCGGGCAUCAACGUGAACGGGAGGGUACAUCAACAACAAGAUCCUACGCCGCCAGCCUCUAGUGCGUCAAGUAAACAGUCCUAUUUCACAUAUGACUCUGGCGGAACAGGAGCAGGCACCACGCGUUCACGCGGCGAUUCGAUAAACUUGUCCCUCAAUACGUCCAAGUGGACCGCUACCACCUCCACCGAAGGCCGCGAAGUCACCUCAGACCUCGCAUCGCGAUGGGCCUCGAAGUCUUUCGUGUCGGUGACGAUGGAAGUGUCAGCCUUGACCGGGGAGAACGUGGAAGAACUCUUCAAUCGGCUGGCCGCGAUCAUCCUGACGAAGAUCGAGCUCGGCGAGAUCGACCCGGACGACCCGGCCAGUGGAAUCCAGUAUGGUGACGGCGGAGGUCCUUGGGACGGGUCAAGUAUUCGCUCCGGUACCACGAUCGAUGACGGCACAGUCAGGAGGCGCGGACAAAAGAAAAGAGCCCACGGGCGAAACGGCAUUCUCACGAAUCUAGGUGAGUGGGAAGACGUGUUUCGACGGCCGCCUUCUAGGGGUGGCCGUCGAUGCUGUUGA